CCUUGGAUUCCUCCGUUGCCAACCACACAAAGCUGAGCCGUGGUCUUCGCUUCCCCUCUCCCGUGUCCCCGCCGUUUCCCGGGAAAGCUGCUGCUUCCUCCCGCUUUUCCCGCGGAGACUUCCGCCACUUUCCCCGGGAGGUCCAAAUGAUGCAAAAUGUGCACCUGGCUCCAGAGACAGAUGAAGAUGAUCUCUAUUCCGGUUACAAUGACUAUAAUCCAACUUAUGAUACUGAGGAACUGGAAAAUGAUACAGCAUUUCAGCAGGCUGUGAGAACUAGUCAUGGCAGGAGACCUCCAAUAACUGCCAAAAUACCCAACACAGCAGCAACUCGACCGAUAGCCACUGGAUAUGGGUCUAAAACAUCACUGACAUCAUCAUUGGGGAGGCCAAUGACAGGGGCCAUUCAGGAUGGAGUUGCUCGCCCUAUGACAGCGGUGAGGGCAGCUGGUUUCACAAAAGCAGCGUUAAGAGGUUCUGCUUUUGACCCUCUUGGUCAGUCCAGAGGCCCUGCUCCUCCAUUAGAAGCCAAAAAUGAAGACAGUCCAGAAGAAAAGAUUAGACAAUUAGAAAAAAAAGUAAAUGAGUUGGUAGAAGAAAGCUGUAUUGCCAACAGUUGUGGAGACUUAAAAUUGGCCCUAGAAAAAGCUAAAGAUGCAGGAAGAAAAGAGAGAGUCCUGGUGAGACAACGUGAACAAGUGACAAUUCCUGAAAACAUCAACUUGGACCUAACUUACUCAGUUCUUUUCAAUUUGGCCAGUCAAUAUUCAGCUAAUGAAAUGUAUGCUGAAGCACUAAACACAUAUCAAGUUAUAGUGAAGAAUAAAAUGUUUAGCAACGCAGGAAGACUGAAGGUAAACAUGGGAAAUAUUUAUUUAAAACAGAGGAAUUAUUCCAAAGCCAUCAAAUUCUAUCGAAUGGCUCUAGACCAAAUUCCAAGUGUCCAUAAAGAGAUGAGGAUUAAAAUAAUGCAAAACAUUGGUGUUACAUUUAUUAAAACUGGUCAGUACUCAGAUGCUAUUAAUUCAUUUGAACAUAUAAUGAGCAUGGCCCCAAAUCUGAAGGCAGGCUUCAAUUUGAUUCUGAGUUAUUUUGCUGUUGGAGACCGGGAAAAAAUGAAGAAAGCUUUCCAAAAAUUGAUUGCUGUUCCCUUGGAAAUUGAUGAAGAUGACAAAUACAUUUCACCAAGUGAUGAUCCUCAUACUAAUUUAGUGAUUGAAGCUAUAAAAAAUGAUCAUCUGAGGCAAAUGGAGCGUGAAAGGAAAGCCAUGGCAGAAAAAUACAUCAUGACAGCAGCUAAACUCAUUGCUCCUGUAAUAGAAACAUCUUUUGCUAUAGGAUAUGAUUGGUGUGUUGAAGUAGUAAAAGCUUCUCAAUAUGUAGAACUUGCAAAUGAUUUGGAAAUAAAUAAAGCAAUUACAUAUUUGAGACAAAAGGACUUCAACCAAGCUGUAGAAACUUUAAAAAUGUUUGAAAAAAAAGACAGUCGAGUUAAAAGUGCAGCUGCAACCAACCUUUCAUUCCUUUAUUACUUGGAGAAUGAAUUUGCCAAAGCCAAUAGCUAUGCAGAUUUAGCUGUGAACUCUGAUAGAUACAAUCCAUCGGCUCUCACUAAUAAAGGAAAUACUGUUUUUGCAAGUGGAGAUUAUGAGAAAGCAGCAGAAUUUUAUAAAGAAGCUCUGAGAAAUGACUCUUCUUGUACUGAAGCACUUUAUAAUAUUGGUUUAACAUAUAAGAAGCUAAACCGCCUAGAUGAGGCUUUGGAUUGUUUCCUGAAACUUCAUGCAAUCCUACGGAACAGUGCCCAAGUUCUUUACCAAAUAGCAAAUGUAUAUGAAAUAAUGGAAGAUCCUAACCAGUCGAUUGAGUGGUUGAUGCAGUUGAUCAGCUUGGUUCCAACUGAUUCUCGUGCCUUAUCUAAACUAGGAGAACUAUAUGAUAAUGAAGGCGAUAAAUCCCAAGCUUUUCAGUAUUACUAUGAGUCAUAUCGGUAUUUCCCUUCUAACAUCGAGGUCAUUGAGUGGCUUGGAGCCUAUUACAUUGACACCCAGUUUUGUGAAAAAGCCAUUAAAUACUUUGAAAGAGCCGCUCUUAUUCAGCCUACUCAAGUGAAAUGGCAGCUAAUGGUAGCUAGUUGCUAUAGAAGAAGUGGUAACUACCAAAAAGCUUUAGAUACUUAUAAGGAGAUUCACAGAAAAUUUCCAGAAAAUGUUGAAUGUCUACGCUUCUUAGUUCGUCUCUGCACAGAUAUUGGACUAAAAGAAGUUCAAGAAUAUGCAACAAAACUCAAGAGGUUGGAAAAAAUGAAGGAAAUAAGGGAACAGCGCAUAAAGUCUGGCAGAGACAGCAGUGGCAGUUCUCGUAGCAAAAGAGAGGGAAGUGCAGGCAGCGGAAUAUAUGAUCUUAGAGCUGGAAGGGACCUUAAAGGUCAUCCGGUCCAACCUCCUCAUUUCACAGAUAGUGGCCAGAACUCUAGUUCCAGCAGCAAAGGUGAGCGUCUGAGUGCCAAAUUACGAUCGUUACCUGGGACAAAUGAACCGUAUGAAAGUAGCAGUAACAAAGAAAUAGACGCCUCAUAUGUGGAUCCACUGGGCCCACAAACAGAAAGACCAAAAACUGCAGCCAAAAAAAGGAUUGAUGAGGAUGACUUUGCUGAUGAAGAAUUAGGAGAUGACUUGCUUCCUGAAUAAUAUGUAUUUUAAUGUUAUUUACUAUAACAGAUGCAUCUCCUUACAAGAAAGCAUUUAUGUUAACUUUUUUUAUAAAAUACCUUACAUUUAAUUUUGUAUACUGUCAAAUUUGGUGAAAUUCAAAACUUAAAUAAAACUAUUCCAUAAA